GGGCUCUGCCUCUUACCAGGUGGUGCUUGGGGGCAGUCAGAGGGCGAAGAAACUGCUGCACCUUCAAUGAAGAAAUUUAAAGUCUCCAUCUCAGGGACCACAGUCCUGCUGACCUGCCCCGAGGACGACGACGCUGAAGUAAAGUGGGAGAAAGACGGUGUGCUGCUUAAAGACAGAAACGAAAACCUGUUGGAGCUGAAGGACUUCUCAGAAGCGGAGGACAGUGGCUAUUACGUCUGCUCCAAAAACCCGCCGGAUACGAAGCAUUAUCUCUACCUGAAAGCAAGAGUGUGCGAGAACUGCAUGGAGGUGGACCUCAUGGUGGUGGUCGCCAUCAUCAUAGCUGAUAUCUGUUUCACGCUGGGCCUGCUGCUGAUUGUUUAUUACUGGAGCAAGAAUAGAAAAGCCAAGGCCAAGCCUGUGGUGCGAGGAACAGCGGGUGCUGGCGGCAGACCCAAGGGACAAAACAAGGAGAGGCCACCGCCUGUCCCCAACCCGGACUAUGAGCCCAUCCGGAAGGGCCAGCGCGACGUGUACGCCGGCCUGAACCAGAGAAAUGUCUAAGGACUCCCGAUGACCCCUGGCCUCUCACCACCCAGGUCCACUAUGGGACUCUCUGGAGAUGGACAGCCCCAUUCACGGAGCCUGGCCCAAAGCCAGCCCUGGGUUUUCUCCCCUCUGCCUCUCCUCUAGGGACCUGGACAGUCGCUUGCACCUCCCCCAGGAAUGCUCUAGCUCCUUGUCAGCUGAAAAGAAAGCAUAAUAAUAAAGUGUUUAUGUCUGAAA